ACCCUGUACUUCCGCGGCUUUCGCAACUAGGUCCACAUCGGCUAUUCUUUGGGUCGACCGAGCGUCACAAUUAUUCUAUAUGUAGCCUAUCAUUCAUUCCACGGCCACUACUGCCUCAAGUACAUAUCCAGUAUCCCGUUGCGACCAUGACGACUCUUUUUACCAUCCCUAUCUCGUCUACAGGCGGAACUAUUGUCUGCUCUAAUCCCACUGCUUCAGACAAAGAUAAGAAUAUCUACCUUCUCACGUUCACCUCUCCGAAGGAUAACAGACUCACCCCAACAUUCAUCGAUGCUUUUAUACUCGCAUUGGAUAUCAUCGAGCAUAGAUACCCCAAGGGCGUGGUAAUUACCACUAGCGGCAUAGCUAAAUUCUACAGCAAUGGGUUGGAUCUCGAGCUUGCCCUCAGCACGGAGGGCUUCUUAGAUAACUGGUUGUGGAAGCUGUUUCGCCGGUUUUUGACAUAUCCUAUGCCCACCAUCUGCCUCCUGAACGGACACGCCUUUGCUGGCGGUCUCAUGUUGGCCAUGUAUCAUGACUACCGGAUCCAAAAUCCCUCAAAAGGUCUCUUGUGCAUCAACGAGUUGGAGUUUGGGGUCCCGCUCCAAUCGCCCAUGAUGUGCAUAUUCCGGGAGAAGUUGAUCCCAUCCUCUUUCCGGGAUCUCAUUCUUGAAGCCAAGAGGUUUGGAGGCCCUGAGUCCCUCAAGGCUGGGCUUGUAGACGGCCUCGGUGGGCUGGAAGAGGUCUUGACACUUAUCCGGGAGCGUGGGCUACAGAAGAAAGCGGCCACUGGUAUCUAUGGUACCAUGAAAGAGGAGAUGUAUCGUCAUUCCCUGGAUAUCCUGGAUGGUCACACUGCAAAUUUGGCUUGGAGGGAGCAAGUGGAGGAGAAAAAGGAUCAGGCGCAAAAGGAUGCCCUAAAAGCUAUUGAGGUAUUCGAGAAGCAGCGGAGUUCCAAGCUUUGAAUCUGCUUCAUGGUCUUUGAUCAAAUUCGGUAAAUAAUGAUGUCUGGCGCUGCGCAGUAGAGUAUAUGUCUCAUUUUUGUAAAUGAUUUUUUUUUCUUUUCUUUUCAUUUCAUUUCAUAUUUUUGACUCUGUCUUCGUUAGAGUAUAAUUAAAAGAUAUAUCAUCCGCUGAGGCGCUUGUGUCUGAUUGCACUUUGAACAGUAGAUCAUUGAUUUGCAACCUUCAACUCAUAGCUUGGCUAUGUUCUUAUACCUGCAUAUCGCCCCUCUUAUCAAUACCCGCCGGCUAAACUGAGUGUCUAUGCCCGAAAAUUUCAUUGCUAGAAGCAUUUGAUCACCUUUGUAAUGUGGUAGUGGAUCGCCACUUGAGGUUGUGGCAGCUGGGUGAGCAC